GCACGUGUGUAGGCAGGGUGCGAACAGUCGGCUUUCCGAUAAACACAUCCAUACGUAUAUUUUUUUGUCUUGUGAAUUUCGCGAGUGCUGUGGCAGAGGAGAGAAGUCUGGAUCGGGGCGAGAGCGAGCCAGGGUGAGAUGACGUCGAACAUGGCGAGACACACGACGCACUCUUCCCCGAAGACGAAGGCGGCGCCCCCCGUGCCCCCGAGCCGGCGCUCGGUGACGGGUUCGGUGUCCGACGCGCGCGCCAAGACCAUCCUCAAAGAGGCGGUGGACGCCGUGGUCAACAGCUUCGCCAAACACACGCACGGAUACGGCAGAGUCAACGUGGUCGAAGCCCUUCAGGAAUUCUGGCAGAUGAAACUAGCGAGGGGAGCCGAUCUCAAAAACGGUGCCUUGGUGAUAUACGAGUCGAUGCCGUCUACUAACCCUCCUUACGUCUGCUACGUCACAUUGCCCGGAGGCAGCUGUUUUGGUAGCUUUCAGAACUGUCCCACGAAAGCCGAAGCCAGGCGGAGCGCAGCAAAAAUAGCGUUAAUGAACUCGGUUUUUAAUGAGCAUCCCUCUAGAAGGAUAUCAGACGACUUCAUAGAAAAAGCAGUCCAAGAAGCCAAAUCAUCCUUCAAGAUUCCAUCGACAGGGGACGACUCGCCGGGUUCUCACAGCGGCAUCGAUGCCUUCCGCUUCAUGUUGGAGUCCAACAAGGGAAGAACCAUGCUGGAAUUCCAAGAGUUGAUGACAGUGUUCCAACUUCUCCACUGGAACGGAAGUUUGAAGGCGAUGCGCGAACGGCAGUGCUCGAGGCAGGAGGUGGUGGCCCACUACUCGCACAGAGCCCUCGACGACGACAUGCGAUCGCAAAUGGCGCUCGACUGGAUCGCGCGCGAGCAGGAGAAUCCGGGUGUGAUCGCGCGGGAGUUGGCCAAUGCCGAGCGUGAACUCGAGGCCGCUCGACUGGCCGGACGGGAGCUCAGGUUCCCCAAAGAAAAGAGGGACAUUCUCAUGCUUGCCUGCAGCCAGGUCAACACUGUCAACGGACUCAGCUAA